GGGCCGCGCUCAGUGCGGAGCGCCCUCUACCCCCGGCCACACGUUCCGAACUCUCGGCCGCCGCUCGCCGGGCGGGCGGCGCAGGGCCGCGCCUGUUCGUCUCCUCACGGCCGCGGGAGGAAGCGGCUGCCGUGCGCCGUGGGCUCCCAGCGAUGCGGCUCUGCCAGAGGAUGUGUUUGUCUGUGAUAACUUCCUUCCAAUUCUGGCAUUUUCAGCCCUACCCAGAGGAGAUAGUGAGGUAAUGCCAUAUUUGGGACUAAGAUAUGGAAAGCAGGGAUGUGGUGAAUUCUGGACAAGAAACCCCUUCAUCCUCUGCAGACUCUGAUGUCAGAAACACCCACAGCUCUGUCUGUAACUUGAAUUCUAACAGAAGUCCUUCAUCCAAUCCCAAUGGAGUUUCUGGUUACUCAGGGAAUACCAGGUCCUCAUUAAAGCCUGGUUCUGUUGAGCUGCUUGCCUCCUUUAUGCAAGAUAUCCAGAACAUUGGACAUGCUGACUCAGAAAUUGUGAGGAACUGUGAGACAAGGUGGCUUCAGCUACUGAGGCUGGUAGAAAAACAAUGCCAGGAACAAAUAAAUGCCCAGCAAGAGCAGUUCCACCAUCAAAUCCAGCUGAUUCAGGAUGAGAUAAAGCAGCUGGUGAGGUUGCAGAGCAGCAGGAGCCGGGCUUUGCUCACAGACACCUUUCCCAUGGGGAUGCGCUCGGAGGCGUUCGAGGAGCAGGAGAGCCUGGUGAGCCAGCUGAGAUCCGCCGAGGGGGAGGCACGGCAGGAAUGUGCCGGCAGCGAGGCCUCCAUGAACAGCGGCUACGGCUCCCUGUCCACCUGCGAGCUGAGCCCCGCCCAGCCCGGCUCAGGAGCGGGGCCGCACCGAGAUACAGACGGCUCCCAAAAUAAAGGAGAACUUUCAGCAAAAAAAACAGAGGGAAAUCGUUCUGUGGGACAGAGUGAUGUUUUAGUUGUUCCUGCUGGGUUUGAACAUAAAGCUGAUGAGGAUCAUCAACAUGGGAAAAAACCCAGUAGAUCUUUAACAUCAUGGGCACAAAAGUUGAAGCAAACCCAUCCAAAAAGAGUUACUGCAGAUGAAGCAUGUGUGAACUCUAUGCAAGAAAAUGAGAGAAUGAAGAGGUUGCCACUUGAGAGUACAAACCUUACUGAUGCUGCUUUGCCACCAUACACUUUUUACCUCAAUCAACCCAAGGAAAGUCCAAAUUCCGUAGUGUCAGAAGCUUCAGGACUUUCAUACUGGAAGUUAGAUGAAAAGGAGAUGUAUCAUACUUUACCAGAGAAUUUCAGAAGUGAGUUGCCUGAUGUUUUCUCCACAAAAGUAACACCAGUUCAGUUGCCUUCUGCUGAUGAAAGGAAGUUAUCAUCACUGAAGGAUAUUUAUCAUAAAAGACAAAGGGAGAACAAGCAGAUGCCAGACCAGAGUUUUAUGCCUCCUUCCCAGCCAAGUCACCCACCAGAGAUCUUGACUUUGGACCCAACCCUGCAUAUGAAACCAGGCCAGCAGAACCAGGGACGCUGUUUUUUCAAUGCUCCUGAAGACUCCACUCCCUUUUCUCCGGAUUCUAUGGCAGAGCCUGGAUUUCCAAGUCAUUGUGACACAGACUCUUUUUCACAGACAAGUCAUUCAUCUCAGUUAGAUGAUUCUCCAACACAGCCUGCCAGCAGCAGAGCUGUGCACUUGGACUUGUGGAGAAAUCACCCAUUCCAUGGUGAGAACAGGGCCAGCUCUCCCUUCCCAGUUGCAUACAGGGAUGCUGACAACGAUCAUUCAGUCAACACUGAGGAGGAAGAAACACUGACUCUAACUCCAUCUUCUGUUACUCAGUGUGCUGACAGCAGUUUGCCAGAUUACAGCCUUUCAGUGGCAUCUGUUGAAGAUCCUGUGGUAAUGUCAAAGAUUAGGCAGAACCUGAGGGAAAAGCAUGCUCGACACAUUGCUGAUCUACGAGCUUACUAUGACUCUGAGAUACAGAUCUUAAAACAGCAGCUGGAGUCAAGCCACAGAACUGCUGCAUCCCAGGACCUGAAGAAAAUCAAUCAAAGCCUUGCUGACAGGUGUGAUCAGUUAGAUGCAGCUCUGAAUGAAGCAAGUGCUCGCAUAAAAGCCCUUGAAAAUAAGAAUAAUCUGCUAGAAAAGCAGGUGGCAGACUGGAGAGAGCGUUUCUAUUCCAUCAGUGACAAUUCCAAAGUGCUGCAGGAGCGGCUGGAGGAAAUGCGCACAAGCCACAAGGAGAAGGACAACACCAUCAGCCGCCUGAAAUCCAGGCUCAAGGAGCUGGAGGAGGCUGUUGAGAAGUUAUCUUACAAGUUAGCUGACAAUACAAACACAAGGCUCCAGGAGGAAAACAAAAUGUUUCAAAAUCUUUUAGGAGAAUACGAGUCCCUUGGAAAAGAACAUGAAAGAGUCAAGGAUACAUUAAAUACAACUGAAAACAAAUUGCUUGAUGCAAACACAGAGAUUUCUGAUUUGAAAAGGACAAUUUUAAAACUUGAAGCUCAACUCAAGCAGGUGGAACAUGAAAAUGCCCUGAAACUUCGCCAUAUAAGUGAAAAUAGUUUAAGAACCUCUUGUGCCAACAAGUUGGGAACUCCUGAUGUCAGCAGGAGAAAGUGGUUGAUUCCAGGAGCUGAAUAUUCCAUUUUCACUGGGCAGCCUUUGGAGGGCCAGGAAAGCCCCAAAGACAACAGGCUGGAAGAAACCUAUAUUCCUUGUAGGCACAAUUCUCCUCCUGAGAAGGACUCCUCACAGGAAGAUUCUUCAACAAACACAAUAGAAAAGAAAGAAAAUGAGAUGUCAGAAGCACCAAUUAUAAAAGCCUUUAGAGAACUUGAAGAAGGAAAAAUAUUUAAAGAUUGGGGUACCCAGACAGAAAAAGAAGAUGCACCAGCUAAGCCAUCAACUCGACGUCAGACUGUUGGGUUUGUUGAACCUUCUUUGGUUGCAAACCGAUCUCCAGAGAAAGGGAAGGACCAGCACAGACCCAAACGGUUCAGCUCCCCCUCUGGCCAGAGGUCAUCGUCCCUUCCUCCUGCCAACAGGAAAUCCAACACUCCCACAAGAAGAGAGAUAAUGCUGGCACCAGUGUCUGUGACAUACAGCCCAAAACGAUCUCCAAAAGAAAACCUCUCUCCUGGAUUUAGCCAUUUGCUCAGCAGAAAUGAAAACACAGUGACAAGAUUUGAUAUACUUCUAGAUGACCUGGAAACUGGUGCUACUUCUACUUUACAGCACAAUAAUCCAAGGAAAAGGCUCCAGUUUCACUCACUAGAUGAUGUAGAAGGAAGGCAGCAUUCGGGUGUCAGACACAGCUCCUGUACUGAAUCUGUCAGUAAUGGAAUGAAGAAAGCAGCAGCUUGGGAGGAGAGGAGCCAAAGAUAUGAGGCAGAGCAAUCACCUUGUGAGGAAGAUUUCAAGUACACAGCAAGGAUUACAACUCUGGCUGAAACAGAGAGGCUUUUUGAUGAGCUGACUCACGAAAAGCAACAGAUUGAGGCUGCACUGAGCCGAAUCCCUUGUUCUGGUGGAAGAAUGACCUUGCAAGCAAGACUAAAUCAGGAAGCCCUGGAAGAUCGUUUGGAAAGAAUUAAUAGAGAAUUGGGGUUAAUACGAAUGACUCUGAAAAGAUUUCAUGUUUUAAGAACCUCUGCAAAUCUUUGACAGUUCUCUCUUGACUGCAAAUAUUCUUUUUUUUUUUUUUUUUGCACUAAUAUAUAAGGAUGCACUCAGUAAAUGCAAAUCAUUUUGUAUUUUUAUAAACCCUGAAAAGUAGUUUUGCAACCAUGUUACCCUUUACAAACAGCAAUAUUUUGUACUUCAAACAGCCACCUCUAUUUUAAACGUAUUUUUGUUACACCUGAGAAAUCAAUGUUUAUCCUGUAUUGUAAUAUUUUUAGAAAUAUUAAUUAUUUUUAAAUAGUGAUAUUCAAUUUAUAAUAAGAAACUAAAAGGCAGCUUGUUUUCAGAAAAAAUGAUAGUGUGACCCUUUUGCACUUGGUUUUCCUCCACCGUUUUAUAAAUAUUUAUGGUGUGAUGUAAAUAUUAGCCAGGAGGAGAUUUUGGACUUUAAUACAAAAAUCAACAUGAGUUACCUGUGUUGAAGAGAACCACUGUUCUGUGGUAAAUCCUUUAAUUUAAACCUUUAACAUGGAUAUUUCUCGUUGUGACAGAACUGUGAGCAAUACUUGCACUGUGGCUGGCUGGGGCAGGAAAACCCUUCUGAUUUAUCUGAUGUCUCCCAGCAGUCACAGUGAGGGUGUUUUGAUACUGUGAGUACCAGGAUUCACCUGGCAGCAGCCUCCUGUCUCCCAGUGAACAACUCCACUCCAGCUGAUACUCCAGGACUGGAAUUCCUUUCCUGAAGUUACUGGUUCCAUGUGCCAGACUGGGUUUCAUGCCAGUGUUCUGUUCGUGUACAUUUCAUGUAUUUGUGAACAUAAAACAAUUUUUUCUCGGUGAAAAAAUACAUAUUUGCCAGUUGUCAUAUUGUUGCAUUACUGUCCAACAUUGAUAUUUUGGUUUGUAUUUUAAUAUUAAAUAAAUGUUUAAUUAGA